AUGCGAUUACUCACCUGGAAUGUGAAUGGUUUGAGAGCUGUAAUUCAAUAUCACCCUUGGUAUAAGGAUAAAAGUUAUCAGAAGAUUUUAUUAGAUACACUUGAAGCGGAUAUAAUAUGCUUUCAAGAAACAAAAAUUACUUUGGACAAAUUGGAAGCAACGAUGGCUAUAAUUCCUGGUUAUGAUGCUUAUUUUUCUUUUACAAAAGACAAAACAGCACGUUCAGGUGUGGUUACUUAUGUUAAAACUAACAAAAUAAGUCCAAUUGCUGCUGAGGAAGGGAUUUCAGGAAUUCUUAAUGAAUUUUAUGAGACAUCAAACACUAAAAAUCAAAUUUCUAAAAGUAAUAUGGAUAAACGGAUUGAAUCUACGACCACAAACAAAUAUGGUGCAAAAGAACUGUUGGAAAUUGAUUCAGAAGGACGAUGUGUUUUAUUAGACUUUAAGUUUUUUGUACUUUUUAAUGUCUAUUGUCCACAUGAAUCAAAUUCAGAUAGACUUACAUUCAAAAUGAAAUUCUUUAAAGUUUUACAAAAUCGUGUGGAAGCUUUAUUAAAUGAUGGUAGACAAGUGAUAAUUAUUGGUGAUAUUAAUAUUACACAUCAAAAAAUCGAUCAUUGUGAUCCACAGAAAGCAAUUAAAGAUCAAAAAAUGGAUUCUUUUGAAGACCAUCCUGCAAGAAAAUGGUUUGAUGGCUUUUUAGCACCAAAUGGUCCAAUGAUCGAUUUAUUCAGAAUAUUUCAUCCAAAUGAGGAAGGAAUGUACACAUGUUGGAAUACUCUUAUAAAUGCUAGACCUGCAAAUUAUGGUACACGAUUGGAUUAUAUACUUGUUAGUAAAGGAAUGGUAAAAUGGAUGAAAUCAUGUGAUGUUAAACAACAAAUAAUGGGCUCUGAUCAUUGUCCAGUUUCUUGCGAACUCUAUGAUGAAAUUGAGGAGAAUGGUAAAAAAAUUAGGCUUUCUGAUUUGAUUAGUUCUAACUCAUACAUUACACAAAACAAGCUAGAGGCACCAAAACUUUGUGCCAAAUAUCUGUCCAAAUUCUUUAAUCAGACUAAAUUACAAAGCUUUUUUAAUAAAUCAAAUAUGAAUAACGAUGAGAUUGCAAAUGUUAAGAUAAUUGAUAAUUCUAAUGUUAGUAGUUCUGUUGAAACCAUUCUUUUUGAAAAAGAAAAAAUUUCACAAGAAUUUCCCUCUAAACCAACUUCCAUGCUGAAAAAAACUUCAAUAAAGUCACUAAAUUGUAUUGCUAAAAAAACAAAUUCAACAAUUCCGAAUCAACCUACUCUUACAACAUUUUUUAAAGCUUCAUUAGAGAAAAAUGAUAAACCAAUUAAAAUAAUUGAUAUUGAAGAGAAUAUAGCCACUCCAAAAUAUGAUAAAAAUUCUGAACAUAAAUCUGAUAUAAUGUCUCAAUGGAAUAUGAUAUUUAUGCCCAAAGCAAUUCCUAAAUGUAAGGUGCAUGGAGAACCAUGUAAAAAAUAUAGAGUUAACAAAAAUGGACCAAAUGAAGGACGAUAUUUCUUUUCAUGUUCAAGACUGGUUGGAUCAUCACCAGAAAAUCAAUGUGAUUAUUUUGAAUGGGCAAGAAAUUCAUCUUUGCCAACAAAAAGAUUAAAACUCAGACAAGAUGAUAGAAAAAGCAACAAAAUAAUCAAGAAACAAACAAAUUAA